AUGGCACGUCAAGCUGUUCUAUUUGUUGCCCUUACUCUUCUGGCCACCGUGGCUUUUGCCGCCGAUGCCCCCGCCGCAUCUCCCGGCAAACCAAAGCCUGGAAUCCCAACCUUCGCCGCCAUGUCCCCGGGCGCCGCCGGUCCCACCGCCUCCGACAGCAAUGAAGUUGGAACCGUGACUGGUAGUGACGCUGCUGGUGGUCCUGCGUCCAGUGGACAUAGCAUUGCCGACGCUUUGGCCGCUGGGAUCGGUGGACCUGUUAGUGAGAAAACCUUUGGCACAGCUGAGGCUCCCAAGUCUGGUGCCGCCGCCGCCAAGGUAUCCGCUGGAGCAGUUAUAGCUGCUGUUGCCGCCGCCUCCUUCUUCAUCUAAGCUAGCUGCAUUAUGUGUUACAUCACUUACAUGCAACCUAUUUAUAUGUAUACGUACGUAUGAACACGCACACCCUUGAGAAACAUGAAAGAAUCUCCUUGUUUAAUUCCGUAUCGACUACAACUAGAGUUUUUCCUGUUGAUCGUAUUAUCCAUCUUAGCAUGUUCUGAACAAAUAUUUCCAGAAACAUAUGGUCAAAAUUUGGUUGCAUGUCUGUUACAUGAUCAGUUAUUAAAACAUGAAAUUACUGAAAGAAAACCAUGCAACCA